AACACGGUCCUCUCCGGUUCGGCUUCGGGCGAAAGCAAUGGCGCUAGCGCCGCCUCCGCUGGAACCGAGCGCGGACGCCGACAAGCUAAGCUACGAGAUCUUCUCCAUCCUCGAGAGCAAGUUCCUCUUCGGCUACGACGACCCCAAUCUCCUCCUCUCCUCCUCCGCCUCGUCGGCUGCCGCUUCCGCGCCCCGGCCCGCCGGGAGGGUCCGCAUCCUCUCCAUCGACGGCUGCGGCCGCCCCUCCGACGCCCUCCUCGCCGCCGUCUCCCUUGCCCGCCUCGAGUCCUCCCUCCGCCGCCGCUCCUGCGACCCCUCCGUCCGCGUCGCCGACUUCUUCGACGUCGCCGCCGGGUCCGGCGCGGGCGGCGUCCUCGCCGCCAUGCUUUUCACCCGCGGGCCCGACGGCCGCCCCCUCUACGCGGCCGACGAGGCGCUGCGGUUCCUCCUGUCGCAGACCGGACGGUCGUCAUCGGGGCAUUUCGCCCCCGCGAGGCGGGGCCCGCUCGGGUGGCUGUUCCGGCGACGGCCUGGGGCGGUCCUCCGGCGGGUUUUCGGCGACGCGACCCUGCGGGACACGGUGAAGCCGGUACUGGCGCCGUGCUACGACCUGGCGACGGGGGCGCCGUUCCUCUUCUCGCGGGCGGACGCCGUGGAGGCGGACGGGUACGACUUCCGGAUCCGGGAAGUGUGCGCCGCCACGUGCGCGGACCCGGCAUUGGGUGCGGCGCCAGUGGAGAUGAGGUCCACGGACGGACGGACGUGGAUCGCCGCCGUCGGGGGCGGGGUGACGAUGGCCAACCCGGCUGCCGCGGCCAUCACGCACGUGCUCAACAACAAGCGGGAGUUCCCAUUCGCCGCGGGGGUGGAGGACCUCAUGGUGCUGUCCCUGGGAAGCACUAGCGGCGGCAGCCUGGGGGCAGAGGGGAGGAGGAGGAGGCAGGUGCCGUCGGCGGCAGAGCUCGUGAGGAUCGCCGGGGAUGGCGUCGCCGACAUGGUGGAUCAAGCGAUUGCCAUGGCAUUUGGGCCUAACGGGAUCAGUAAUUACGUGCGGAUUCAGGCUAAUGGAUUCGGAUCGGGCAAUUAUACCCCCAAAUCAAGCAACGCCACGAAAUUGCUUAGUUCAUUGGAGGAAACGUUGUCGCAGAAGAACGUGGAAUCGUUGUUAUUUAGGGGGAAGAAGAUGUCGGAUCAAAGCAACGGCGAGAAGAUCGAGUGGUUCGCGAGCGAGAUCGCCAAAGAGGACGAGCGGAGGAAGAAGAGUCGGAUUCCCGUGGUAGUGUUGAAGCAAGUCGUGUCACCGAGGACUUCCUCCACGGCGGCGUCCAUCGUAAUCGACGGAGAUAGAGAAAAGACAUGACUAAGCCUUGCAGGAAACCGAGUGCUUGGCGGCCGCAGAGCGUUGGAGGCGUACACCGUGUUCAUGUGCUUAGAUAUGUAAUUUGUCCUUGUGUCCUUUUGUUUUUUCUUGGCUUUCAUUGGUGUACGGGAAGUCAGCUCGAGCUUUGGCGAAACGAGAGUUUAAUGGCUUCCACUGCUCUCA